CAACGCCGCUUCAGUCUCUCCCUGCCCGAGCCGGGUGAAGGCUUCGGCUCCGGUCCCGUCUCGUCCCGUCCCGUCCCGUCCCGUCCCGCCGGGCGGCGGCGCGGUCCCGCAAGGCCGGCAGCAGCAGCAGCAGCAGCGGGGGCUCCGCGGCACCAUGGCCCGCCGGCUGCUGCUCCUGCUGCUCUGCGCGGCUCUCGGGGGCGAGCUCCGGGCUGAAGGAGACGUAUUCAUCAAGAAAGAAAAUGCUGACAAGUUCUUGGAAAGAACAAAACGUGCAAACUCUUUUUGGGAGGAAUUGAAGCAAGGCAAUAUUGAAAGAGAAUGCAAUGAGGAACGCUGCUCAAAAGAAGAAGCAAGAGAAGCCUUUGAAGACCAGGAGAAAACUGAGGAGUUCUGGAACGUGUAUGUAGAUGGAAACCAGUGCAGCUCAAAUCCUUGUCAGUAUGGUGGACAGUGUAAAGAUGGAAUUGGUUCCUACACUUGCUCAUGCUUGGAUGGUUAUCAAGGCAGGAACUGCGAAUUUGUGAUACCAAAGUACUGCAAAAUAAACAAUGGUGACUGUGAGCAGUUCUGCAGUAUCAAAAAAAGUGUACAGAAGGAUGUAUUGUGUUCCUGUGCAAAAGGGUAUGUUCUAGCAGAGGAUGGCAAACGCUGUGUUUCAACAGUCAAGUAUCCUUGUGGAAAAGUUUUUGUGAAAAGGAAAAAAAGGUCGGUUAUUUUGCCCACUGACAAUAGCAGCAUAACUAGUGAUCAAGACGUCUCUCCCACAAAUGGAGCCGGUCUGGAGGAGGACUUUGUGACUACCACAGAAAGCCCAACUCUCCGUCCUGGCAAUGAAACAAGCGGCAAGACUCCCUAUGUCGAUACCAGGAUAGUAGGUGGUGAUGAGUGUCGUCUUGGCGAAUGUCCGUGGCAGGCUGUUCUGCUAAAUGAGGAAGGGGAAGAGUUUUGUGGUGGAACUAUUUUGAAUGAAAAUUUUAUACUUACUGCAGCUCAUUGCAUGAACCAAUCUAAAGAAAUCAAAGUGGUUGUUGGUGAAGUGGACAGAGAAAAGACAGAACAGUCUGAAACAAUGCAUACCGUGGAUAAAAUACUUGUUCACACUAAAUACAUUGCGGAGACGUACGAUAAUGACAUAGCCUUAAUAAAGCUAAAGGAACCUAUAACAUUUUCCGAGUACAUUAUCGCAGCAUGCCUCCCUGAAGCAGAUUUUGCUAAUGAAGUUCUGAUGAACCAAAGAUCUGGGAUGGUCAGUGGCUUUGGGCGUGAAUUUGAAGGUGGACGACUAUCCAAAAGACUGAAAGUUCUUGAAGUCCCCUAUGUUGAUAGGAACACUUGCAAGCAAUCCACUAACUUUGCAAUAACAGAAAACAUGUUCUGUGCUGGUUAUGAAACAGAACAAAAAGAUGCUUGUCAAGGAGACAGUGGAGGUCCCCAUGUAACCAGAUAUAAGGAUACUUAUUUUGUUACUGGAAUUGUGAGCUGGGGAGAAGGAUGUGCAAAGAAAGGCAAAUAUGGUGUCUACACCAAACUGUCCAGGUUCUUACGCUGGGUAAGAAUGGGCAUGAGACAAAGCUUGUAGUGCUGUGGCUCUUGGUCCUUUGAUACAAGAUGCAGCUUCUGUAAUGGCAACUUUAUUCUUUUUUUUUUUUUUCUUUUUCUGUCCACAUCUGCUAAAAUUGUAUUGAGAGCUGAUUCCUUAAAGUUAUGGUGCUGCUUCUUUUUGUUUUAGUCCCAGCAUUAAGUGUGUACGUGUGGACUGCUGGUGGUGUUUUGGAUUUAGACAAUGAGGGACUUUCCCCAGACCAAAUGGAUGUUCAGUGGGCUCUUUUGUUUGCUUGUUUGGUUAUUUUUAUUUUGCCAUUUUGGUUCCUGUCCGUUUGCCCAAGUGCUUCCACCAGAGGCUCCUGGACAUAACAUGAGCCUUCACUAAUCAUGAUGAAAGUGGGAAGGACAGGACUGCAGUUAAUCCUCACAUUGCAAGCAGCUGUCUGAGGAGGGAGUUUGUUAUUACUUGAGCUAUUUAGCUUCUACCUGCAGAAGUAUUUAGAAGAUUAAGGGAACAGGGAAGCUCACUUGGUAAAAGCUGAGACACAAGUAAGUAUUCAACAUGUGAUGCUAAAUAAUCACACGUUCCACAGAAUUGUCCGCUUAGGUCAUAGCAGCCAGUUAAAAUGGGGGUUUGCAUUACAUGGAUUGUACUUCACUGUAGUUUAAUUUGAACACUUCUUCUCAUCAGAAAAAAAUAUGUGCACGUUCACUUUUUUUCUGUAUCAUGUUCUGGAUGGUGUAUGGGUGAGGAUCGGAAAGCUCCUUGCAUGUGGAGUUGUUCUGAGUGUUUCUGUAAGUUGCAAUAUUGAUGUACACAGGCCAUUGAAAUAAAACUUUUAUUCUUUUUUGCUCUUU